UCAACUAUUAGACGUGUCCGGCCGCUGGCUGAGCUCGAGCGCCGCUCGUUUCGUAGCACGCUGUGUACCUGCUUGCUAGAAGGUCUCAGCGCUGCCCAGGAGUGAAGACCGAGCGUAACAUUUAGUUAUAGUAAUCCGCUGCAACGCCGGAGAUGUUCACUCUUUAAUCCAAAUGGUACCCGAUCGCCUUUGGGAGCAACUUCCCUCCAAACGGCGACAGAGCUCACGCGCGGAGGAAUAAACUUGCGUGGAAAAAAAAUACGGCAGAAAAAAAAGCGAAGAGAACAAGACAACGACGUUGCGUCGCGAUGGAGAUCUUAACCGAUCGCCCCGCUGGUAAAGCUGCGUGCCAGGUGACGGUGAGGAGACAAGCCGUGAAGAGACACCACCACAAACACAACCUGAAGCACAGGUACGAGUUCAUGGAGACCCUCGGCAAAGGAACCUACGGCAAGGUGAAGAAGGCCGAGGAGAGAUCGGGCCGACUGGUUGCCAUAAAGUCUAUCCGAAAGGAGAAGAUAAAGGAUGAGCAAGAUCUGGUUCAUAUUCGCAGAGAAAUUGAAAUCAUGUCCUCGCUCUGCCAUCCUCACAUCACCACCAUAUAUGAAGUAUUUGAGAACAAGGACAAAAUUGUGAUCGUGAUGGAGUACGCCAGCCGAGGGGACCUGUACGACUACGUCUGUGACAAGCGGAACAUCUCUGAACGCGAGGCCAGGCACUUCUUCAGACAAAUCGUGUCCGCUGUGCACUACUGCCAUCAGAAUGGAAUAGUACACCGGGACCUGAAACUGGAAAAUAUUUUACUAGAUGGCAACGGCAAUGUGAAGAUCGCAGACUUUGGGUUGUCAAACCUCUUCCAUGGUGAUGAGUACCUUCGAACCUUUUGUGGAAGCCCUCUAUAUGCUUCCCCGGAGAUCGUCAAUGGGCGGCCGUACCGUGGGCCGGAGGUGGACACUUGGUCUCUGGGUGUGCUACUGUACACCAUGGUUCAUGGUAAUAUGCCAUUCGACGGAAACAACCACAAGGCAUUGGUCCAACAGAUAAGCACCGGAAACUAUCGUAAACCCAUCAAUCCCUCUGACGCAUGUGGGCUUAUCCGUUGGAUGCUGAUGGUCAAUCCUGAGCGCAGAGCCACAAUCGAGGAGAUUGCAGGACACUGGUGGCUCAACUGGGGCUAUCAGCAGCCGUUACUGGCUGAGGCAAAGAGCAGUCCAGUGGAGCAGAACUCUCCACCAGCCCCGGCAUCAGCGUCCUAUCCUGCCGGGCUGGCCCUUGUUGGAAGUUGGCUGCGUCGAACAUCCAGGCCUUUGCUGGAGAACGGCUCCAAGAUGCGCUGCCUGCUCCGCUCGCAGGGCGGCGGAGGGGACGUGGUCCGGCAACGGUCUCUCCGACGGUCCCGAAAGGAAAAUAACGUCUCCCAGACCAUUCACGAAGUAGGACCUGAGAGUCGUCCCUCUAAGGGGAUCCUAAAGAAACGCAACAGUGUGAAGCAGAAGGCCACGAGCGAAGUCCCUGCUGUAGGUUCAGUGGAGCCAAAGAAGCUUUUGGGUUUGCCUGCACCAGCUGAUGCUCCUUCAGCUGCUCUGCUGCCUCGCAAAGGUAUCCUAAAGAAGCGAGCAGGGCAAGAGUCCGGGUACUACUCCUCCUCUCCCGAGAACAGCGACUCUGGCUGGGCUUCACAGACCAAAGAGUGCCCUUCAGCGCCCACUCAUAGGAAAGGCAUCUUGAAGCGCAACGGGAAGUUCUCCUCGGGUAGGCUGCAGGAGUUUGGCUCUCUGGAUCAGCUGGCGGCUUCUCUACCCUGCGGUGGCGUCAGCUCGAGACCCGGCGGGGCGGUCAGCGCGGACAGCAUUCUGUCCUCCGAGUCCUUCGACCAGCUGGAUCUGCCGGACCGCGUGGGACCUCCGGCACAAAUGGAGAAACCAGCCAAGUCGAGCAUGAGGGGAUGCGUGUCUGCUGACAACCUGCUGGACAUCACAGAGGACGGGAUCCUCGGGGGCGGGUCUCUGAGGCCCUGGAACUGCUACCGGUCUGGAGUGGCUGACAGCGCCUUUUCCAUCACAGACUGUGAUAAUGUGACGGAGGCCUACAAACGGGCCGUGGCUGUACGAGGCUCUGCAGCAAGCUAAAGACCCGUAACUGGCGUAGGACCCUAAAGACUGCUACACUACUGAAGACGUGUUUGCCAAAGUGUAUAGAAUUCACUUCACCAGCACACUGUUGUGAUAAUCACUUUGGCGAACUUCAGGAACCGCACAUCACCAAAAAAGCAGAAAAGCUUGUUGUUAGAUGUCUGAUUGUAUUUUAGACGGAGAUGAAUGUUUUUAUGUAUAAGUAGUAGCUUGUGAUUUGAAUUAGAGUAAAACAGGUGGAAAAUAUCCAGGCAGCGCAGCAUUCUUACAAAAAUGAUGCUGCAGUUUAAAAUGUCCAUUUCAAAGACUCAGGAGAGGAGCGCUGCAUUUCAAUUUCAACAUAGAUUAUUAUCAAAGUGGAGUUAAAGUAAAAAGUCCCUCAGGAACAAGAACAGUAGCCUUCAAUAUGAAGAAGUGAAAGCUCUCCAAACCAAUCACUCAUUUACAAUAAACCAAGAGACCGACAUUAGGAGACACAAUAGGACUUCUGUUUAAAGAAGUCAGUCUGUGACUUUUAUUGUCGACGGGGCGGUUUGAGAAAGUGUUUGACUAAACCGCUUUAUGGGAUUCCUGCCGGAUUGCGAUCCUCUGUCAUUAUACUUAUCUUGGAGAACGGCAAUAAAACACAGGUUUGAUGUUAAGACGGGUAUAAUCCAGCUUUUACUAAGCUUCAGGAUGUGGGGAGAAUUAAGUUUAAUGAAUACCAAAGAGUAAGUUUGCCAAUGUCUUUUGGGUUUUUUUUGUUUUUUUUGUUUCUCUAUUAAAGCAACAGCAAAAAGUGCCAAGAGGAUAUUUGUUUGUAAAAGGGACUUCAGCUCUUGUGUGCAUUUGUUUUUGUUUUUUAAUUCUCGUUUAAGGUUUGGGUAAUGACUUGAAAAACAAUCAUGAUCGAGCGUAACUAGUUAAACCUGUUACUGCUCGCCAGCCGGCGCUGAUGCACGUAGACAGAUUGUCCGUCACUCUCCAUAUGGGUGCCACUUGCAAAGGAAAGGUGCAGAUAAUUUUUUUAAAAGUUGAAAAAAGUAAAUGGCAGUGAGGUGUAUUUUGAAAGUGUACAAUGUGCCCCAGCUGACUGCUGUGUACAAUGUGUAACAAGUCAUGGAGCUUAAGUGUGUGGUUUUUUUUUUUUUUUGUGGGACAGUAUUUCACAAAGCCAGUAAACUGUACUAGAGGUUUUAUCCUGGUGACCCUUUUAAUGGUCAAGCAGAGCUUAUGUACCAAGUUUACAACUAAAAUCAUGAAAACUGCAUCCUAAUAAUGAUUAAGUCUUAAAGAAUAUCUGGUUCAUAAAAUAUGUACUGGUAAUCGGAGAGAUUUACGUUGGUAUGUUUCUGUAUGUCAUGCUGCACACUGGAGUUACUUUAUUAGAUUGACAUGCUGGUAUUACAGUAGAACAUCAAGCCGGCGUUGCAUCAGACCAUUCAAACCGCAUGUGUCGUCAUUUAAGUUUGGAGUUCUGAGGCUGCAAAACUGGAAUUGCAAAAAUAUAUAUAUAUAUAUUUUCACUUAUGGUAUUUGUUUUUGCCACAAUGAUAUCAGGAAUUUAAAACUGAAAUGUACAUUCUUGUCAUUCAUUUCUAAUGUCCCAGGCAUUAUUUUUCUUUUGUUCAAUGUGUAUUUCGUCACUGUGUCUCCCCCACCCCCACUUUGUCCCAGAAGUUGUAGGUAUCCAGGCUCUGUUCAUGUAUUUUCUUUCAUUUACAGCAACAAAAAACAUCUUUGCCAAAGAUACUGGACUUAUUAAUAAUAUGACCGUGUGAUCGGUCAUGCUGUUAUGACGGGAGAAUAAAUCAAUAAAAAAGA